CAGCGGAGCAUGCUUUUCUCCAUCUUCAAGAACAAUAAGUCUCGUGUGAAUUUUCCUUUAAAGUUCGAUAAUUGACAUUGCUCAAGCUUCCCCGUAACAUUUGCUUGCUUGUUCUUGGAGUUGAUACCUUCAUUUCUCCUGAAGAAGCUAUUAAUAUACACUAUCCUGAAGAAGUUCUUAUAAGCUAUGUCAUUGGGAGAGGUCUUUAUUUCUGGGUUACUUCAAGUGUUACUUGAAAGGUUGACAUCUUGUGAGACGCUGAGCUACUUUAGACGCCUACUUGGCGUUGGCAAAGAGCUGAACAAAUGGAAGUCAAUGUUGUCUACUAUUCGAGAAGUGCUGAAUGACGCGGAGGACAAGCAAUUGACGGACCAAGCAGUGAAAUUGUGGCUGGAUGAUCUCACAGACUUGGCCUAUGAUGUGGAAGACAUAUUGGACAAGUUUUCAACAGAGAUGUUGCGACGCCAAAUGAAGGAUCAACAUGGGGCUACCACAAACAAGGCAUGGGGUUUGUUUUCAGAUGUUAAAUUUAGCUGUAACCUGAGCUCAAAAAUAAAGAAGAUUACUGAUCGGCAACAUGAGAUAUUGGAAGUAAAAAAACAGCUUGGUUUAAAUGAGGGGACACCAUCUACUAAAGCAUGGCACGUGCCACCGAGUUCCCACCUACCAGAAGGACCUGUGAUUGGAAGGGAUACAGACAAGACGAAGAUUAUUGACUUCUUGUUAAAAGAAGCACCCAAUGCCGUCAACUUUCAUGUAGUUGCCAUUCUCGGUAUGCCUGGAGUGGGAAAGACUACACUUGCAAGACAUGUUUAUGAUGAUGACGCGACAAAAGAGUUUAACCGAAAAGUAUGGGUAUCUGUGUCGGAUGACUUCAAUCUUGAAAGAGUGACAAAGGCAAUUCUUGAAUCCGCCACAUCUGGUCUUGCAAAGGAGUACAAGGAAUUCAACCAGGUUCAAGAAAGUUUGAGUAAGGAGCUAGCAGGAAAAAAGUUUCUAAUUGUUUUAGACGAUGUUUGGAAUACAUGUGUCUAUGAUUUGUGGAUAAAAUUACAGUCCCCCUUCCGUGUUGGAGCAUUAGGAAGUAAGAUAAUUGUGACAACACGUGAUGCAAAUGUUGCAAACAUGAUGGGAUCCACUGUUUAUCAAUUGGAUUGCAUGACAAAUGAUCAAUGUUGGGAAGUCUUUAAGCAACAUUCCCGAUUGGACAUUACCAAAAGGCCGCAGAAGUUUGAGUUCAUAAAGGAGACAAUUGUUGCAAAAUGUUGCGGAUUGCCAUUGGCUGCAAGGACUCUUGGUGGUCUUCUACGCUGUAAACAAGUAGAAGAAUGGGAGGAAAUCUUAAACAACAAGAUGUGGAGUCUAUCAGACAAUAGUGGCAUUCUCCCAGUAUUAAAAUUGAGCUAUCACUAUCUCCCUUCGAGUUUGAAACGGUGUUUCGCCUAUUGUUCCCUACUUCCAAAUGACUAUGAGUUCGGGGAGAAGCAGUUGAUCCUUCUGUGGAUGGCAGAAGGUUUGAUUCAACAAAGAGUAGAGGACAAGAAACAACUGGAAGAAGUAGGCUGUGACUAUUUUCAAGAGCUAUUGUCCAGGUCAUUAUUUCAAAAGGGAAGCAAAAGUAAUGAUAAGUAUGUAAUGCAUGACCUUGUUGGUGAUUUGGCGUGGUGGGCUGCAGGUGAAAUAUGUUUUUUAUUGGAGGACAAAGGAAAUGGGGACUUGCAUCCAGCGGCUCGUCAUAUGUCUUAUGUCAGUGGUACGUAUGAUGGGGUUAAGAAAUUUGAGGCCAUAUCCAGAGUUAAACAUUUGAGGACAUUCAUGCCAUUUGCACAAGAUUUAUCUCGGUUUCCAGUAAUUGAACCGAACUAUCUAACUCGUAGGGUUACGUUUGAUCUAUUGCCAGAACUACGAAUCUUACGAGUGCUUUCUUUGGAUGGCUAUGGAAUAACUGAGCUGCCCAAUUCAAUUGGUAAAUUGUGGAAUCUACGGUAUCUGGACCUUUCUUAUACUGAGAUAAAGAGUUUGCCUCCAUCAACAACCACUCUUUGCAAUCUGCAAACAUUUUUAUUAGAAGGUUGUUCUAAAUUGAAGGCAUUGCCCGCAAACAUGAGUAAUUUAAUUAGUUUGCGGCAUCUCAACAGUUCCAUUCGAUUGAAAGGAAUGCCUCCACAUCUAGGUCGAUUGACGAAUCUGCAAUCCUUGUCAUAUUUUGUGGUAGGCAAAAGUAGUGAUCAGUCUAAGAUAAGAGAGAUAGGGUCCCUAUUGCAUCUCCGAGGGACAUUGUGGCUCUCAAGAUUGGAAAAUGUGGUUGAUGCUGAGGAUGCUAGUGGGGCCAAGUUAAGACACAAGGAGAAGCUUGAUUCAUUGAAGCUGGAAUGGUCUGAUUUGAGGGGAUGGAGGGAAAUGGAGUUGGGCGUGCUUGACAUGUUACAACCUCCUAAAAAUCUUAAAGAGCUCACCAUUUUUGGUUAUGGUGGAUCUAAUUUUUCAUCAUGGAUUGGAGAUCCUCUGUUCACUAACAUGGUCCGUGUAUGCUUAUCCUAUUGUGAAAAUUGUCAUAUAUUGCCACCGGUUGGACAGUUGCGUUGCCUUAAAGAACUUCAUAUCAUGGGAAUGACUGCUGUGAAAAUCGUUGGUCCCGAAUUCUAUGGAAAGGGUAGCUUGCCUUUUCGAGUAUUAGAGAUUCUCAAGUUUUCGGAGAUGGAGCACUGGGAGAAAUGGCUGCCUUUGGAUCGGGAUAAGGGAAGUGGUGUUUUCCCUAGCCUAAAAGUGUUUUCAAUCAGAUACUGCCCUAAACUGGAGGGCGAGUUGCCGAAGAAACUUAAUUCGUUAGCAAAGCUUCAGAUUGUUGGAUGCAAGGAAUUGGUGGUGGAAAUUGCCAAUUAUGAACACGCAAGUGAACUAAGCAUCCAUGGCUGCAAAGCGCUAGUGCAUACUAGUGCAGAGGUCGACUUUAAGUUAUUACAGACCAUGUGGCUUUCAAAUAUUUUGGAGCCGCGGUUGGGAGCAAGGGGACUUAUGAAAGGAUUGGGCAAGAUUAAGGAGUUGAAGAUUACUGGUUGUGAGGAGUUGACGUCUUCACUGGAAAAUGAGGAUAGAUGUUUCCCACACCUGAUUUCUCUUGUUCGUUUGGUUAUUAAGAGCAACUCUGCCCUUGUUGAAGAUCUCGGAAAAGAAUUGGAGGGGUUGCUGCAGGUUCCAAUAUUAGCUUGUAAGCUUGAAUAUCUGAAAAUAAACCACUGUGGAAGUCUUUCGAAGCUGCCCAAGGGGUUGCGUCAGUUGUCGUCUCUUCAAGAACUUCACAUAAAUGACUGUACAAGUCUAGUUUCUUUUCCAGAUGUUGGCCUGCCACCUUCUCUUAAAGUCUUGGAGAUUCACUACUGUCCCUCUCUGACGUAUAUUGCAAAAUAUCAGAUUCCCCAAAAUCUGAAAAGAAUAGAGAUAUGGGAUUGUACAAGUUUGAAAUCAUUAGUGGAGGAGGAGAAGGAGCUCGUUAUUUCUUGUUCAUCUUCUUUUUCUGUCUCUCUUGAGCACUUGGAGAUACAUAAUUGUGCAUCUCUGACAUCGUUAUCACUGAGAGACCAGCUUUACAGGGCGCUUAAACACCUGCAAAUACGGAAUUGUGAAGGGCUAGAGUUAAUAGCAUCAGACCCGUUCUUCCACGACAAUACUAAUAAUUGUCUUGAACAUAUUAGGAUUGCCAGGUGUCGAAAUCUGAAAUCCUUACCGGAGGGCCUAUGCCACCUCACCAAUCUUCAAGCUUUAAUUGUUAGGGACUGUGGAAGUCUUGUUUCCAUCCCGAGACUGAGUUGGGAGAGAAGAGCCUCCAAUCUUAGACAGAUCCACAUCAUCAACUGCAAAAAAUUGGAAGUGUUACCGGAAGACAUUCGCAAUCUCACGUCUCUUAAGGAAUUGGAGAUUGACUACUUGAAAGGUUUGACUUCAUUUCCUCCCAACCUCACAUCACUUGAAAUUUCUAAACUCAAGAGUUGUAAGCGGCUAUGGGAGUUGGAGUGCGGGUUGCACAAACUCUCCUCUCUUAGAAACUUGAGGAUCAAAAGUGAAGAUCCAAACGCGUUGUCAUUUCCACCUGAUGGGAAGGAGGAGAUGCUGCUCCCCAAAUCUCUCACUGAACUCACAAUUCAUGGCUUCCCAAAUCUGAUGAAACUCGGCCGAGGCAUUCAAUUCCUCACCUCUCUUCAAACUCUGCAACUAUUUGAUUGUCCAAAGCUAAAAAAACUCGACCGAGGCAUUCAAUUCCUCACCACUCUUCAGACUCUGCAACUAUCUGGUUGUCCAAAGCUCGCAUCCAUUCCAGAUGAGGGCCUGCCUCUUUCACUUGGGGAACUUGCGAUCAUAAGGUGUCCUCUACUAGAAGAGAGAUGUCAACCUGGUAAUGGACGAUACUGGCCUAAAAUAUCCCACAUUCCUUGCCUCUAUAUAUAGAUCAUACGACGCUCUGAAGCUCCAGUGGUUCGAGCAACCUGGUCCUUGGUGCGUGAGCGCGUGCGUGACACAUGAACCAGUUCCGGCGCAAGUCCAGAAUCGAGCUUAUGCAGACACUAUGGGUAAGUAACCUUCUGAUAACAUUCUCCCUCAGAGAGCAGAGAGAGGAACAUGCUGAUACUGGAAUACAUUUAUCAUUGUAUUAUUAUCUAUAUUUAUAACUGUGAUCGUCCCAGAUUAUGUAAGAAUUCUACCAUGUACAAAAUCUUUCAAUAAAGUUUGAAUAUAUACAGCUAUCUUAUAUGUCACAAUGAUGAAUGAAUCGAAUAUUUUACAAGUCUUUCUCCAAACCUCAGUCGCAGCGGUAAAUCCUCAUUUCACCAGACAUUGGUUCCAACUCUGUCAAGUGCUUGAACACAAGGUUCCCUCUCCUCAGGUCACCAUGUGUCCGACAAUUGCCAAGACGCACCCCAUAUUACCAAAUUAGGCUUUUUCUUGCAUUGACAUGAUGAGCUCUUCCGCCUCUUCCAGCCACCCCGCACAGCCUAGAGUUGAAUAUCAAAGUGCACAACAAACAAGACUAACAAAAUAAUAAGAAUUUUAUUAAAUAAACG